CACUCUUCAGCUGCAGCUUAUUUGAUUCAUGUCUGACGCGCAGCACCAUCGGCAGCCAGUUUCCUCUACAUAUGCAUCCAAGGCUAUGCACUACGCUAGUUUGAAUGCUCAACUGGAUGUACUACAGAAAAACGUCGAAGAAUUGCAACAGAAAUUGCAAGUUACUACACAGCAAAUCCCUUCGUUUCGAAAAAUGGGCAUUUUGCAUUCCUCCAUGUUCAUGUCAGCUACUCGAGUGAUCAAUAAUCAAAACGAGCCGAAAUCUGAUACUCAUUCAUCCAUAAGCGCAUAAGCUACAACCUUACGAAAACACUCUGUACAAUAGCGAUAAUUAUAAUAAAUAUAAUGGGUUCUAUCCAAAAAAUAACAACAAUUCUAUUUAAGAUCAAGAUUGAUAGAUAUGUAUAAUGUUGAAAGUUAAGCAAAUCACCAUAACAGCGACGCCGUAAAUUGCCAAACAC